AUGGCAGCCAUGACCACCGGUUUCACUGUUGCCUGCCUCACCCACCUCUCACCCACCUCUCACCCACCUCUCUCCCACCUCUCUCCCACCUCUCACCCACCUCUCUCCCACAUCUCACCCACCUCUCUCCCACAUCUCACCCACCUCUCUCCCACAUCUCACCAUCAGCUUCCAGACUGUUCCCCCUCUCCUCUCUCCCCUCACCCCCCUCUCUACUCUCCCCUCUCUCCGCUCUCCUCUCUCCUCUCUCCCCCUCUCCUUUCCCCACUUUAUCAUCCCGUGUCUUCGGCCGUGCCCGCUGCCCCAAGUUCCCCGUGUCUCUCGUGGCACAAGCAACGGGUGGGUGGAGUGAGGAUAGCAGCAUUGGCACCAGCAGCAGCAGUGGAGGGCACCAGCAGCAGCAGUGGAGGGCAGAGGUACAAGGCAGUGAGUCCUCUUGAUGCGCGCCAGGUGUGGUUCGUUGUGAGGCGCGGCAACGACGAGCUUUCUACCGACUUCCAGAAAGAGGUGGCCACGCUUUGGUCCAUCCGCCAUACCAACCUGCAGCGACUGCUGGGGUAUUGCUGGGAGAAGCGUGACAGUGCCCUUGGCCCUGACUCACCUGCUGCUUCUGUUGCUGAUGCUGCUUCUUCUGAUGCUGCUGCUGCUGCUGCUGCUGCUGCUGCUGCUGCUGCUGCUGCUGCUCCUGCUCCUGCUGCUGAUAGUGCUAAGAAUGCUAGUGCUGAUAGUGCUAAGAGUGCUACCGUUGAUAGUGUUGAGAGUGCUAGUGCUAAUACUGCUGCGGCUGCUGCUCCUGGCAGUCAUGCGGUGGAGCAAGCAGAGGAGCAGGUGCUAGUGUUUGAGUGGGUGCCAGGAGGCAAUCUGCACAGCCGCCUCGUUGCAGGUGCGUCCACUCGUGCCCCCCCUGCUCUCUCCUUACUCUCUCCAUGCCUGUCCCUCCUUCCAUGCCUCUGCCUCUCUGCUUGCUUAUUGCACUCCAGCCUCUACCUGUGCUUUUCUGUUCCACUGUAUCAGACCACUCAUUCCCCACCACCUUUGUUGCUCCAUGCUCUCCCCGGUUCCUUUCAUUAUCAUUCCCCAACCUCCCUUCAUCUCUGCCAUCUUGCAAUGUUCCCUCUGCUCCCUUCUUACCCCCUCUGUUCCCCUCUGUUCCUACUGUUUCUUCUCUUCUCCUUACUCACCCCCUCUCCUCUUCCCCUCUCUCAACCCCUCUCCCGCUCCUCCCCUCUGUCCCUCUCUUAUUCCCUCUGCCCCCUCCUCCUUCGAAACACCACUUACUACCUCCUCCCUUAUGCAGAGGGCGGCACCCCUCUGUCGGUGUGGCAGUGCCUGGAUGUGACCGCGGGUGUGCUGCGAGGGCUGAAGCACAUCCAGAGCCAUGGGGUCGUGCAUGGCCGCAUACACCCGCGCAACAUUCUGCUUGACACCGCCCUGCAGCCUGUCUUGGCUGGUUGCAUGGCCGCACAGCACAUGGUAUCGCGCAACAUCACGGCCAACCUGCGCGCGGCCCACCUGCCCUCAGCACCCGACGCCAUCGUGCUGCCCAUGGUGCGCCUCGCCCUCUCCUGCACCGCUUCCGACCCCCUCUCCCGCCCCACUGUCACCGACCUGCUCCGCUCCAUCAAGGCUCUCAAGCGCUCCCUCUCCGCCCUCCCGCGCCCUGCCCUGCCAGGCCACACAGGGGCGAGCAGGGAUGGUGACAUGGCCAAUGCUGCAGGCAAUGGGGGGGCUGGAGAGAAGCAGGGUGAGGAGGGUGGGGAUGGGCUUUCUGGGGGUUUCAGUCUGAAUGCACUAGACCCUAAGUUAGACUGGCUUCUGGAGGAUGAAGAUAGUGGUAGGUUUGUGGUCGAUUUGUAG